GAUGAAUUAGGAUUUAACGCAGAGAUAAUGUGUUCUUCGAAUAAUCCUAAAAUGGGAACAAUUCGAUUUUAUGAAAACAACGAAACAGUUAUAGAAAUAUGGAACAGCGGAAGUGUCUGCCACAUGCGACCUAAUAAACUGCCGAACAAACGUCUUUGCGGUUGUAAGGAUCUAUCAACAGUUGCAUGCAAUAUUUCUCUUGAAUUCUACACUAAUGGAUGCAGAAUGUGGAGAUGCGAAUCUAUAGAACAUGGCAAAAUACUAAUCAGCAAUGAUGUGAACGUCUGUAACAUUGUAACCACCACUGCUGAGACAAGAUCAACAUCUGAGAAAAACUGUUCGAUGGUGUCUACGACCGAUGAAACUGUAAAUUGGUUUGUUGAUGGUUAUGCUCUUCAUAGUUCCAGUGACGUUUAUAAAAUUAGAACAUACAAUACGAAGAACAUCAGUUUCCUAUUGGAAUCAUUUUACCGAGAGGCGAAUGGUUCAAUCGUUACCUGUAAAGUUGAUGAACCCGCGGUGGAAGAGUGGACCAUCAAGAUAUUAUAUCCAACUGUAUUAUGCACUGAGGCAUCAACACUGGGUGAACAAAUGACUGCUGGCGCAAUAUGUAAAUUUACUCAUGGUAAUCCAAACGUCACGGCCAUAUCAAUACCAGAUCCAUCUUGUCAGAAUAUAACAACGGUUUACAAAUCGGAAGUAGACAUUUCUCUGUGUGAUGCAGUCAACAGAGUGGACUUAGGGGCCCGCCGAUAUGUAGGAAAUAGCAGUGGUCUUUUCAAAUUAGAGUUACUGUAUCCUGCAUCCAUACUUGACUACCAUAUAGAUGAGAUACAUACGAACGCGUGGAACGUGACGUCAGAAGGAAAACGUUACAUACGGUUUAAUUGCCAUGGCGACGGCAAUCCACCUCCAGUAAUGACGUUAAUAACAGAAAACGAAGUUCUAGUUACCACAAACACAUAUUUUCAACAUAAAAUUACGUUUAAAAAUACCGAAGAUGUGGGCAUGUAUACGUGUGUUGCUUCAAAUGUAUUUGGCAGUGCUAAUAAGGCGAUUUAUGUCCACCCUCUGAAAAUAGAUUCACAAAAAGAAGACUUCCCUUCUAUGACCAAUAUGAUCGUGUACGUUGUCAGCGGUUUAGUCACUCUAGCACUCGUGAUUCUUGGUGUACAACGCCUCUGUCGCAUUUUCAGAUGCUCGAGAACAUCACCACCUGAAAUAGUUUGCCCUCAGGUGGAGUUUGUUAACAUAGCAAACCCCGAACAAACGACCGAGCAAAUGGAGCCAGAUAUUCAUACAACAGACAUACAAGCCAGAAGAAAUAACAGCGUGCACCUUUACGAAAGCAUUCCACCAUCACCUAUCGCUGACAUAUCAUUUGGCGAUAUUGGUGAUGACACUGAGUUUAUUGCAGUCGGAGAGCCACCUAUUGCGGACGGAGGUCGCUAUGAAAGUCUUGAUCAAAGCACUCGUGAAUUUAUGACAUACAACAUGAAUCCGCAAGAUCCAAACACUCGUGAAGGUAUGACUUACAACAUCAAUCCGCAAGAUCCAAACACUCACGAAGGUAUGAUCAAUAAUAGCAAUCCGCAAGAUCCAAACACUCACGAAGGUAUGACAUAUAACAUCAAUCUGCAAGAUCCAAACACUCACGAAGGUAUGACAUAUAACAUCAAUCUGCAAGAUCCAAACACUCACGAAGGUAUGACAUAUAACAUCAAUCUGCAAGAUCCAAACACUCACGAAGGUAUGACAUAUAACAUCAAUCUGCAAGAUCCAAACAGUCCUGAAGUUAUGACAAAUACCAUCAAUCUGCAAGAUCCAAACACUUAUGGCGUUAUGACAUAUAACAUGAACGUACAUGAUCCAAAUAAUCGAGGAGAAACGACAUCUUACAUUAAUUUGCAGAUUUGAUUGAAAUGCUCGGAAAGAAACAAAAUAUAUAAGACCAUUUUUGGAGACUUUAUUCAACGACACGAACAGAUACGAAACUUAUCAUUACUCGGAAAAUAUCUAACAAUUUGCCAUCAAAUUUGCAGUUUUGUUCCAUUGCACGGAAAGAUACAUUUGACAUCAAUUUGCAGAUGGGAUACGAAAUAUGUGUAUAGAUAUAAAAACAUACAGCAUUUUUCAGAUUGGAUUCAGAUACCCCGGAAAAUAAGACACCACAAUUUGCAGAUUUGUUAAAAAAAAUACAUGAAAAAAGUAUGAAAAGUCGGUGCAAACACAUGUAUUUGUUUGUUGCCGUGCUCGCAAGAUAGUUUGCUUAUCUGUGCUGUUGUGUUAUCGUGGAUAUUGAUAUGUAUUUGUGUUAACUGCUUGAUUUAAUGUUUUUUGUUUUGUUUUUGUUUGUUUUUCAUACUUAUUAAUUUGGUUUGUGUUUGUACAUAUAAAAAUCGAGAUAUUACGUUCGCGUAGAUGACAUUGUCACAUAUAAAUAUUCCCAGAGAGACCGAAUUAGACGUUUGUUUAUCAUAAAUGGUGAAAUUUUGUAUUAUACUAUGUAUUACU